AUGAAUGAGUCCAGCAAAGAAAUCAUCACUUCUGUUAGCUACUUUAUUCUCCUUGGCUUUUCCUCUAGCCCAGAAAUGCAGCUCCUCUACUUUGGGAUCUUCUCAAUAAGCUACACCCUAACCCUGAUGGGGAAUGCAACUAUUGCCUGUGCUGUAAGGUGGGACCGACGCCUUCACACACCUAUGUACAUCUUCUUGGGAAACUUCUCUCUCCUGGAAAUAGUUUAUGUUACCACAACUGUCCCUAACAUGCUGGCCAACUUCCUGUCCACCACCAAGUCUAUCUCUUUCGUGAGCUGUUUUGCACAGUUCUAUUUCUUCUUCUCAUUUGGGUGUGAUGAGGCUUUCUACCUCUGCAUCAUGGCUUUUGACAGGUACCUUGCCAUCUGCCAUCCACUACAUUAUCCGCGUAUUAUGACUAAACAGCUGUACACCGGUCUUGCCAUCUUGGGAUGGUCGGGUGGUUUCAUCUUUUUUCUAGCUCCAGUUAUUCUCAUCUCACGGUUGCCCUUCUGUGGCCCAAAUAUCAUUGACCAUUUUAUAUGUGACCCUGUACCACUGAUGAUGUUAGCCUGUUCUGAAGACAGCAUUACCCAAUUCAUUUUUUCUACUCUCAAUGUUAUUACCAUGAUCGGUACCUUUCUCUUUGUUCUGUGCUCCUAUACUCUAGUGAUUCUGUCUGUGCUAAGAAUGCCCUCGACAGCCAGCAAACACAAAGCUUUUUCCACUUGUGCUUCUCAUCUGGCAGUGGUCAUCCUGUUUUUUGGAUCAGUUAUGAUAAUGUAUAUCGGCACUGGAUCAGGGCACCCUGUAGAAAAGCAAAAAAUUAUUACUAUAUUUUAUUCUGUGAUAACCCCUCUCCUUAAUCCUUUAAUAUAUAGCCUCAGGAACAAGGAGAUGAAGGCUGCUCUAAGGAAAAUCUUCAGGAUUUAA